AGAUAAACAAAUAGUAGAACACGCUGUGUUUCUAGUUGGGCACGUUUGUGUUCUUGCCGCCUUUUUUCAAAAAAUAAAGUUUUUAGCCUGUCGACGUGCUGUAGCAAAGUAAAGACACAGAAUAUACAGAGAUGGCAGGUAUGUCAGUAGCAUGCACGCUGAUGUGUGUGAGACGAAACUUAAUGUUUAUAAUUCUUGCACUUAUUCUCAUCAUUGUUGGCGUUAUAUUUUUGGCGUAUGGCGCUGCAAAUUAUGAGGAGAAAAGCACAGACAAGAAAACAGAAGAGGAACGGUAUGGAGUGGUUAUUGAUGCUGGUGGUUCGGGAACUAGGUUGGUCAUUUAUAAAUAUUCUCCUCAAACUAAUACGUUGAAAGAUGUCAAUUUCAAGAAAUGCGAAGACAAUGGAUUGGGCACUUACAAAGUGUCAGAAUUUCCUGAAUUAAAAAAGACGAUAAAAAAGUGUUUAGAUGAUGCGGAUAGAAUGAUUCCAAUAGAAAAAGACGUCCCUAUCUUCUUAGGAGCUACUGCUGGCAUGCGGUUGCUGAAGCUUCGUGCUCAACCUGUAUUUGAUCAGAUCUGGACGAUGUUGAACGAUACUUUAAAAGAGAGUAACUUCAAAGUUAUGAUGAGCCAAACCAUCACAGGUACACAAGAAGCCCAAUGGGCGUGGCUGGCUGCUAACUACAUCAAGAAAACAUUAAAGGCUAGCGAUUCUACUUUUGGAAUUAUUGAUUUUGGCAGUAGCUCCAUUCAACUUGCAUUUACACCGUCUGGAGACAAAAGCAAACUAGACACUUUUAACAUUGAUGCUGAAAACAUGACGAUAUAUGGGCAUUCGUAUUUAUGUUACGGCAAACGAGAAAUGGAAAGGAGAUUUCUUGCUAAGCUAGUGACUGAUGCAUCUUUUAACUCAACGGUGCAGAAUCCAUGUUUCUUUUCUGGCUACAAAAAAAAUUAUUCCUCUUCAUUUCUAUGGGCAAGUCCUUGCAGCUCAGGACCAUACGCAAAAGACAAGUUAGGAAGUGAGUAUCCUGGGCCAGCUGACAAAAACAGAACAUAUACGCUACAAGGGACAGGCAACUCCUCACAAUGCUUGAAUGUUAUACAAAGCUUAAUAAAGACAACGUGUAGCAGUGGUGAUUGCGGUAUGAAUGAUGUCUUCCAGCCAAAAGUAGAAGGAAAAUUUUUGGCUUUGACUGUUUUUCGUUACGCAGCAGAUUUUAUGAGUAUUUCUAGCACUGCAUCACGACAAGUAUUAAAAAACGCGACAGAAAAAACCUGUGCUACAAAUUGGAAAGAAAUCUCAUCACGUGAUAUUCCAGGGACACCUGUCAAGUAUCGAGGUAGUCGUUGUUUUGACGCAUGGUAUAGUUAUUUCUUAUUAACUGACGGAUUUAAAUUUGACGACGCCUCUUGGAAGUUGGAAUAUGUGAAUAAGGUAAAUGGUCAAAAGCUUCAGUGGUCACUUGGUUUAAUGUACAUGAAAAAAGACAACAUGUUCAAAAAUAUAAGAAGCUACAUUUUACAAAAAAUCACAAGGAAGCAAGGCAUGCUGGGAUUAGCUGUGUUUGGUGCUCUUUUAUUGGUUAUUGGGAUAAUUAUUCUGAUCAUUGCUAUUAUAUGCAGAAGAAAGAAAGGACAAUUACCUGUGAGUGGAGAAGAAUAACUGAAAAUGACUUAUCGCCUCUUCACCUUUCUUUAGUUCAAUUCACGAUGCACAGUUUUGUAGAUUAGAUAAUAACAAUCAUAACGUGUAAAUGGACCUUCUAGACUUCGAAUUUAUCUUGGAUAUAUUAGAUGAGGGAUUCACUGACCAAUUCUAGCUUACAAAAGACUUGUCAUUACUUUCUGGUAUUUAGCUACUGAAGAUCCGUUUCAAUCACUUCAAUUUCAAUAUCGCAUCUCUUUAAAUACAGUUUUUGUAUAAUUUAUCGGGAUAAAUUUUCGCCGGGAUUAAAUUUCGCGGAUUUCGGAUUUCCGAAACUAAGUCCCCGCGAAAAUCUGGAAACUAGCCGUCCGCCAAAAUUUGUCCCCGCGAAAUUUUUAAUUAUUAUCUGAUCUGCGAGCUUUAUAUAGGAAAAUUUCCAUAAAAAUUUCAUGGUCAAAA